AUUAUAUAGAUUGCAGAUAACUGCUCUUAUUGGUGACUGAUCAUUUAAUGGAUUUUCCAAGUAGUCUUCAGCAUUCGCAAAAAGAAUUUAAAGCCAUCCAAAACUCCGACCUCAUGAGGGAAAUUGAUCAUAAAAACCUGAGAUAUCCUCACUGUAUCGUAUGGACACCAAUUCCUUGUCUAACGUGGUUAUUUCCAUUUAUUGGUCAUAUGGGUAUAGCCUACACAGAUGGAGUAAUAAGAGAUUUCGCUGGUCCCUAUUACGUUUCUAGAGAUGAUAUGGCUUUCGGAAAUCCUACAAGAUAUUUGCAGUUACCGCUCUAUAGAAUGGGAGGAUCACAUGAUACGUUUGAUAAAGCUGUGGACGAUGCAUCUGAAGUUUAUAAAGGACGUAUUCACAACUUGUGUUGUGAUAAUUGUCAUUCUCACGUAGCUAUGGCACUGAAUAAAAUGGAAUAUGAUGGAAGUCGCUCCUGGAAUAUGAUAAAACUUUGCUUCUUAGUUUUCUUUAAAGCAAAAUAUGUCAGCCUUAUCGGAGCUCUAAAACAGUGGUUACCAUUCCUGAUCCUUCUUAUUGCUAUAAUUCUACUAGCAGUACUACUAUAAAUAUCAUUUGAAGGGUACGAACAGAUUGUUAAAAAGUUAAUCUUGAUGAGAAAACACUUUUGGUGUUGUGAAAGCAGUAAAUAAAAAUUCGAGUUAUUUUAUCCUUGUCAUAUAAAAUAAAAGCUAAACAUUUUUUACUUUCUAAAUCAAAGAUCAUACUUUAUUGUUUCUUUUUUACUUUUAC